AUGUAUUGGCAAAAUCUGAAUUAUCCAUCACCGCUAUUCUUCUGCUCUGAAGACUUUGAAAACGUCACCCAUUCAAUAUCACAGGGCAUACCCGAUCUCGGCAAACCACAGCCGACAACACCCAUCCAGUCAGUCCAGUCCAGUCUUAGUACUGUACCCGAGAACCUUUCAGACCAAAAAGUACUACCUAAAGUACACUUGUUCGGUUCGUGA